AUGGAGGAGGGAGCCAACCGCCUCGUGGAUAAAGUCCAGGGUCUGAGUGACAUCGAGCUCGCCGUUCUCCUAUGUCUCGUAGCGGAACAGCACUGCAUCAUCGAAACUGACCGCUCUGUUCUGGAUGACGUUGAGAAAGAAAUCCAACUGAUAUCAUCCGAUGUGUUUGGUUUGACCUGUGCGGUGCUUGAUUGCUCCGACGCUACAACCUUGGAUGACUUCGGGAGUGGGAUUCUCGUCAAAGAUGAGCAUGACGAUUAUUUUGGGACUAGAAACGGCGGCGUGAAGGGUGAUUUCUUCACAAGCAUCAAUUCUGCAAGCCACCAUGACAGAAAAGUACCAAAGUCGUCGCGAGCAUUCUCACCCCUAGAAGGUAGUCGCAAGAUAGCGAACAUCGUGGUAGCAAAGAAUCUCGAUCAAGCAAGCGCGCCGGUGCAGACGCAAGCUCUAGAGCUUGUCCGAGGGAAACGUAUUUUCACGAGAACCGCGGUGUAUACUUCACCAACGCCUUUCCUCUUCAUCGCCUUGGGUACUACUGGGAAUGCGCGCUUCAAUCUCCAUUUGAAUGACCAUUUCUUCAUAUCUCACAAGCAUCAAAUUGAUGAUGGACUACCAAACCUGGAAGAUCAGGAAGUUAAAGAUCUAGUACCUGACGACGACAACACGUCCAACUCUUCCGUAGUCAAAGCUUCCCCAUUCAUGUUUGAAAAGAGGAAUACCUCGUCGCUAUCCUUCUCCCAAGACGAGAUCACCCAGUUGACCAAAUUAAGCUCUGAGGUCCGCAUCAGCUCUGACGUUCGUGCUUAUCUCCAUAAUAUCGUGGUCUUCAUGCGACUUCAUCGAGCAGUCGCGGGUGGUAUAUCCGCCAUGGCCACGCGUCAUUUCGAUUUAUUGUCUCAUGCUCUGGCCCCUCUCCAUGGUCUUACAUAUGUUACGCCAUCACUUGUAGCAUUGGCUGCUCGGAAGAUCUACCCUCACAGGAUCGGCCUUGCGUUGCCUUCGGCGGAGCGAAGUAUGCAAUGGGGCAGUUCGAUCGAGGCUGUAAAGGCUGUAUUGGGUGGGGUUACAGCUGAAGACGUCAUUGAAGAGGUCCUGCAGUCCGUCGAAGCACCUCUCUGA